GAUCACACACGCAGUAUCACUUGUGAACUGGACUAAUAUCAAAAUGGCUGCCAAGUUCGUAGUCCUCCUGUGCGCGGUGGCGAGCGUUCGCGCCGGUGGUUUGGUCGGUGGCUACGCCGCAGCCCCCUACGCCUCAUACGCCGCCCCAGUGGCCAGCUACGCGGCCGCUCCAGUGGCCACCUACGCGGCCGCCGCUCCCGUGAUCAAGAGCUACGCUGCCCCUGCCAUCUCAGCCUACGCUGCUCCAUCAUACGCAGCGUACUCCGCUCCCGUCGCGUACUCCGCGCCCGUAGUCAAGGCCGUAGCACCAGCAGUGUCCUCUGUCUCAUCCUAUUCCACCCACACCUCCCACGCCGCUCCUAUCUACGCUAAAGCCGUAGCUCCCGUAGCUGCCUACGCUCACGCUCCCGUAGCGUACUCCGCUCCCGUAUCGUACGCGGCCCCCGCCCCCGUCUCCUACGCCGCUCCCGUGGCCACUUACGCUUCCCACGCUCCCGUAUCGUACGCCGCUCCCGUGGCCACCUACGCCGCUCAUGCUCCCUACGCUGCGUACUCUGCCCCAGUCUACAAGUCCGCGCUGGCUUACUCCCACGCACCCGCUGUGUCCCACGUCUCAUACAGCGGACUCGCCAACUACGGCUGGUAAUCCCUGACUGUACAAAUCUAGUUGUUUACUUGUAUAUUUAUUUUUAUACAA